AUGACCACCAUGUUGAAAUCCAGAUCCCCAGUCCAGCAGAGGAGCAGCCAUAAUGGCCAGGAGACCAGCCUGUGGUCCUCAGGCUUUGGGAUGAAGCUGGAGGCUGUCACCCCAUUUCUAGGGAAGUAUCGUCCUUUUGUGGGUCGCUGCUGCCAGACCUGCACCCCCAAGAGCUGGGAGUCCCUCUUCCACAGAAGCAUAAUGGAUUUGGGCUUCUGCAACGUGAUCCUAGUGAAGGAGGAGAACACCAGGUUUCGAGGCUGGCUGGUUCGCAGGCUCUGCUAUUUCCUGUGGUCCCUAGAGCAGCACAUCCCCUCCUGCCAGGAUGCCUCACAGAAGAUCAUGGAAAGCAGUGGGGUACAGAACCUCCUCUCAGGGAGGGCACCGGGAGGGGCCGGGGAAGGCCAGACGCCAGACCUUGUGGAGAAGGAGGUUCAGCGCAUCCUGGGCCAUAUCCAGGCUCCACCCCGCCCCUUCCUACUCAGGCUGUUCAGCUGGGUGCUGCUGCGGGUCCUGAACUGCCUCUUCCUGAACAUCCAGCUCCACAAGGGCCAGAUGAAGAUGGUCCAUAAGGCCGCCCAGGCGGGGUCUCCGCUGGUCUUCCUCUCUACUCACAAGUCGAUCCUGGAUGGAAUAUUGCUGCCUUUUGUGCUGCUCUCCCAGGGCCUGGGUGUGCUCCGUGUGGCUUGGGACUCCCGUGCCUGCUCUCCUGCUCUCAGAGCCCUGCUGAGGAAUCUUGGGGGGCUUUUCUUGCCCCCAGAGGCCAACCUCUCUCUAGACAGUUCCAAAGGGAUCCUUGCAAGGGCUGUGGUCCAUGCGGCCAUGGAGCAACUGCUGGUCAGUGGGCAGCCCCUGCUCAUCUUCCUGGAGGAGCCUCCUGGAGCUCCAGGGCCACGGCUGUCAGCCCUAGGCCAGGCCUGGCUAGGAACAGUGGUGCAGGCGGUCCAUGUGGGUACUGUCCCAGAUGCUAUGCUGGUGCCAGUGGCCAUUACCUACGACCUGGUUCCAGAUAUAUCCUGUGACAUGCAUCAAGCCUCCAGCCCCCUGGGGCUGUGGAGGGGAGCUCUGGCUGUCCUGCAGAGACUGCGCAGCUCCUGGGGCUGCCUCCACAGGGUCUGUGUCCGGGUGCACCUUGCCCAGCCCUUCUCCCUGCAGGAGUACACCACCAAUGCCAGGAGCUGUUGGAGCGGCAGGCAGACCCUGGAGCACCUGCUGCAGCCCGUCGUGCUGGGCCAGUGCACUGUUGUCCCAGACACAGAGAAGGAACAGGAGUGGACCCCAACAACUGGGCCCCUCCUGGCCUUCAAGGAAGAGGACCAGCUCCUGGUCAGGCGACUGAGCCAGCAUAUCCUGCAUGCCAGCGUGGCCAGCUCGGCAGUGAUGAGCACAGCCAUCAUGGCGACACUGCUGCUGUUCAAGCACCAGAAGGGUGUGGUCCUGUCACAACUCCUGGGGGAGUUCUCCUGGCUGACAGAGGAGACGCUGCUGCGUGGCUUUGACGUGGGCUUCUCAGGGCAGCUGCGGUGCUUGGUGCAACACACGCUGAGCCUGCUGCGGGCACACGUGAUCCUGUUGCGCAUCCACCGUGGGGACUUGGUGGUGGUGCCACGGCCUGGUCCAGGCCUCACACACCUGGCACGCCUGAGUGCAGAGCUACUGCCUGCCUUCCUGAGCGAGGCUGUGGGUGCCUGUGCUGUGCGUGGGCUGCUCGCAGGCAGAGUGCCACCCGAGGGGCCCUGGGAACUUCAGGGCAUAGAGCUGCUAAGCCAGAGUGAACUCCACCGCCAGAUCCUGCUGCUGCUGCACCUGUUGCCACAGGACCUGUUGCUGCUGCAGCCCUGCCAGUCUUCCUACUGUUACUGUCAGGAAGUGCUGGACCGGCUCAUUCAGUGUGGGCUCCUGGUCGCUGAGGAGACCCCAGGCUCUCGGCCAGCCUGUGACACGGGGCGUCAUCGUUUGAGUGCAAAGCUGCUGUGGAAACCGAGUGGGGACUUUACUGACAGUGACAGUGAUGACUUUGAGGAGGCAGAGGGCCGGUACUUCAGGCUCAGCCAGCAGUCACGCUGCCCCGACUUCUUCCUUUUCCUCUGCCGCCUGCUCAGUCCACUGCUCAAGGCCUUUGCACAGGCUGCCGCCUUCCUCCGCCAGGGACAACUGCCAGAUACUGAGGCAGGCUAUACAGAGCAGUUGUUCCAGUUCUUUCAGGCCACGGCCCAGGAAGAGGGAAUCUUUGAGUAUGUGGACCCAAACCUCGCCAUCAGUGCUGUCUGGACCUUCAGAGACCUGGGGGUACUGCAGCAGACGCCCAGCCCUGCAGGCCCCCAGCUUCACCUGUCCCUUACAUUUGCCAGCCGGGACAAUCAGGACAAGUUGGAGCAAUUCAUCCGACAAUUCAUCUGCAGUUAGAGCCAUAAGGCAGAGCCCGAUCUCAAAA